GGCAGCGCGUUCCCUGAGACUCAAAACGAGGCUGCGUCUCGACCAGGGCGCGCGGACCGCAUUCCUCCUCAUUCAUGCCGUGCUGAGACUCUUCACACUCGGAAAGUGCAAGCGGAGCUUUACACACUGCUGCCGAGAAAAUGUACUCAAGUUUGAGAUUGUACGCAUGGCGAGGAUAAUAAACCAAGGCAUAAAGAGCACAAGGCUAGCGGCCAUGGCACUGCAGAUGAUGGUGUAGACGACAACUUUGUGCAGAGAGAGAGAGAGCAGAGAGGACACUGGGUCAAUAAGUUGCUCUCCUCACCGUAGACUGACAGACGCUGUCCAGGUUUUUUCUGGGCCCAGGAUCACAAAGGUGAACGGAUCACCUGGCCUACUGCUUCCUCUCAGAAAGAUAUUCAAAAUGCUGCCGUAUGGGAGGAGGCCCCUUCCCGCCUCUCUUUGCGAGGCAUUCCUCCUCCUCUUCUUCCUCUCGUUCCUCCCUCAACAUGGGGGGCUCGAGGUUAACCUCUCUUACUUCCGGACCUUUACCCCACCAGAGGGAGGGCUUACACAUUUGGUUGUCCAUAACAAAACGGGUGAAGUCUACGUCGGUGCUGUCAAUUGGAUCUACAAGCUCUCCAGCAACCUGACCAAGCUACGAAACCAUGUUACCGGUCCUGUGGUGGAUAAUGAGAAAUGUUACCCACCACCUGGUGUUCAGUCUUGCCCUCACGAGCUAUCACAGACUAGCAAUGUCAACAAGCUGUUGCUUCUGGAUUCAGGACAGAACAGGCUCAUUGCAUGUGGAAGCACCUCACAGGGUAUAUGCCAGUUCCUCCGACUGGAUGACCUCUUCAAACUUGGUGAGCCGCAUCACCGCAAGGAGCACUAUCUUUCAAGUGUGUCCGAGGCAGGGACUAUGUCAGGAGUGGUUAUUAGUGGAACCCAAGGUGAAGACAGCGGCAAAUUGUUCGUAGGUACACCCAUCGAAGGAAAAUCUGAGUACUUCCCAACUCUCUCCAGUCGUAAGCUGAUGGCUAAUGAGGAGAAUGCUGAAAUGUUCAGCUUUGUCUACCAGGAUGAGUUUGUCUCCUCACAGCUCAAGAUUCCAUCCGACACCCUUUCCAAGUUCCCUACUUUUGACAUCUACUAUGUCUAUGGGUUUAGCAGCGAGCAGUUCAUCUACUACCUAACUCUCCAGCUGGACACCCAGCUAACCUCGCCGGAUGCCAGUGGUGAACAGUUCUUCACCUCAAAGAUCGUCCGCCUCUGUGUGGAUGACCCCAAGUUCUACUCCUACGUAGAGUUUCCUAUUGGCUGUACCAAGGAUGGUGUGGAAUACCGAUUGGUUCAAGACGCCUACCUCAGUCGGCCCGGUGCAAAGCUGGCAAGAUCAUUGGGUAUCUCUGAACAGGAUGAGGUGCUGUUUACCGUUUUUGCUCAGGGCCAAAAGAACCGAGCCAAGCCACCGAAAGAAUCAGCCCUAUGCCUGUUCACACUGCGAAAAAUCAAGGAAAAGAUUAAGGAGAGGAUCCAAUCCUGCUACAGGGGUGAAGGAAAACUAUCCCUUCCCUGGCUCCUCAACAAGGAACUGAACUGCAUCAACUCACCUCUCCAGAUAGAUGACAACUUUUGUGGCCAGGACUUCAACCAGCCUCUAGGGGGCACCAUUACGAUUGAAGGGAUUCCUUUAUUCCUGGACAAAGACGAUGGGAUGACGUCAGUGGCGGCGUAUGAUUAUCAUGGCCACACUGUAGCCUUUACCGGCACCCGUAGCGGCAGGAUGAAGAAGAUCUUGGUGAACUCCAAUACCCAGCCUGCACUGCUGUAUGAGAACGUGGUGGUGAGCGAAGGGAACCCAAUUUUGAGGGACAUGUUGUUCAGCCCUGACCAUCAAUACAUCUACACGCUCACAGAUAAAGAGGUGAGCCGGGUGCCGGUGGAGAGCUGUGAGCAGUACAGCAGCUGUAGCGAGUGUCUGGCUUCUGGUGAUCCCCACUGCGGCUGGUGUGUCCUGCACAGUGUAUGUUCACGUAAGGACCGCUGUGAGCGAGCUGAUGAGCCGCAGCGCUUCGCCUCCAGACUGGAGCAGUGCGUCCGACUCACGGUGCAGCCCAACAAUAUUUCAGUCACCAUGUCUGAAGUUCAGCUGGUUCUUCAGGCUCAGAAUGUUCCCAGUCUGGCUGCGGGAGUUAACUGCUCAUUUGAGGACUACACUGAGACAGAGGGACACAUCAUGGGGGGACGUAUAUACUGCCUGUCCCCCUCUGCACGGGAGAUCGCUCCCAUCACGCGCAACCAGGGUGACAAGCGGGUGGUGAAGCUCAAUCUGAAAUCCAAGGAGACGGGGAAGAAGUUUGCCAGCGUGGAUUUUGUCUUCUACAACUGCAGUGUCCAUCAGUCGUGUCUCUCCUGUGUGAACGGCUCCUUUCCAUGCCACUGCAAAUAUAGACACAUGUGUACCCACAAUGCCAAUGACUGCUCCUUCCAGGAGGGCCGCGUCAACAUGUCUGAGGAGUGUCCUCAGAUCCUGCCGUCCACUCAGAUCUACAUCCCUGUUGGUGUCAUGAAGCCCAUCACAUUGUUGGCCCGGAAUCUUCCGCAGCCUCAGUCUGGACAGAGGAACUACGAGUGUAUCUUCUAUAUUCAGGGAAAAGAGUACAGUGUUACUGCAUUGCGCUUCAACAGCACUAGCAUACAGUGUCAGAAGACCAUGUAUGACUAUGAAGGAAAUGACAUCAGCGACUUGCCGGUGGAUCUCUCGGUUGUGUGGAAUGGAGAUUUCGUCAUUGACAACCCCUACAAUAUCCAAGCGCACCUGUACAAGUGUUACGCCAUGCGGGACAGCUGUGGGAUGUGUUUGAAAGCGGAUCCUCGCUUCGACUGCGGCUGGUGCGUGCAGGAGAAGAAGUGUUCUCUGAGACAGGAGUGUGCUCCUCCAGAGAGCAUCUGGAUGCACCCCAGCGCAGGAAACAGUCGCUGCGCGCACCCCAAAAUCAACAAGCUGUUUCCUGAGACCGGUCCACGGCAAGGUGGAACCAGACUCACCAUCACCGGAGAGAACCUGGGUCUGCAGUUUAGAGACAUCAUGACAGGUGUCCGGCUGGGAAAAGUACCCUGUGUUCCUAUUGAAGAGGAAUAUGUUAGUGCGGAAAGGAUUGUGUGUCUGCUGAAUGACGCCACAGGAUACCGCGUACAGGAAGCCCAGGUGGAGGUGUGCGUGAGAGACUGCCUGGCUGACUACAGAGCCCUCUCACCCAGGGCUUUCACCUUUGUGACACCAUACUUCACACGCGUUCAGCCCUUUCAGGGACCUCUUUCAGGGGGAACCAGAAUCACUAUUGAAGGAAACCAUCUCAACGCUGGCAGCUCUGUUGAGGUCAACAUUGGGCGCCACUCUUGUCACUUUAAAAAGCGGAGCUCUAAAGAGAUUGUGUGUGUGACCCCGGCCGGCGUUAAUGCGGGAAGCACUCCAGUUAUGGUGGACAUUGACUCUGCUGAGCUGAGGAACCCUGAGGUGAAGUUUAACUACACAGAGGACCCCACCAUCCUGAAGAUAGACCCGGACUGGAGCAUUGCUAGCGGUGGGACUCUGCUGACGAUCAGCGGCACCAACCUGGCAACCAUUAAAGAGCCCAAGAUCCGCGCCAAGUACGGCUCUGCCGAGUCCUUCCAUAACUGCACGGUUUUCAACAACUCUGUAAUGGUUUGUCUGGCUCCGUCGGUGGCUGAUUCGGAUAGAGGCUUUGCUGAGACUGGCAGCGGACCGGAUGAGAUCGGCUUCUACAUGGAUAACGUCCACGCCCUUGUGGUCGUCAACGAGAGCUUCAGCUACUACCCGGACCCCGUCUUUGAACCCCUCAGUCCCACAGGCAUUCUGGAGCUCAAACCAACGUCGCCCCUUAUCCUGAAGGGUCGUAAUCUGAUUCCUGCCGCUCCUGGUAACUCCAGACUUAACUACACGGUGUUUAUCGGAGAGACGCCGUGCAUUCUGACGCUCUCUGAGUCCCAGUUGCUGUGCGAGUGGCCCAACCUCACCGGACAGCACAAAGUGACGAUCCGGGCAGGAGGGUUCGAAUAUUCCCCCGGCACGCUGCAGAUCUACUCCGACAGCCUUCUCACCCUGCCUGCCAUCAUCGGGAUCGGAGGAGGUGGAGGCCUCCUGCUGCUGGUCAUCAUCGCGGUGCUCAUCGCCUACAAGCGCAAGUCCCGCGACGCUGACCGCACCCUCAAAAGACUCCAGCUGCAAAUGGACAACCUGGAGUCUAGAGUCGCUCUCGAGUGCAAAGAAGCUUUUGCCGAACUCCAAACUGACAUCCAUGAACUAACCCAAGAGCUGGAUGGAGCUGGUAUCCCAUUCUUGGACUACCGAACCUAUGCCAUGAGGGUGCUGUUCCCUGGCAUUGAGGACCACCCGGUGCUCAAGGAGAUGGAGGUGCAGGCUAAUGUCGAGAAGGCCUUGACUCUGUUUGGUCAACUCCUCACCAAGAAGCACUUCCUGCUGACAUUUAUCCGCACGCUGGAAGCUCAGCGCUCCUUCUCCAUGCGUGACCGUGGCAACGUGGCAUCACUCAUCAUGACAGCUCUACAGGGAGAGAUGGAGUACGCUACAGGAGUCCUCAAACAGCUGCUCUCUGACCUCAUCGACAAGAACCUGGAGAGCAAGAACCACCCUAAACUGCUGCUCAGGAGGACCGAAUCUGUUGCUGAAAAGAUGCUUACAAACUGGUUCACUUUUCUUCUGUACAAGUUCUUAAAAGAGUGUGCAGGUGAGCCUCUCUUCAUGCUGUACUGUGCUAUGAAACAGCAGAUGGAAAAAGGCCCUAUAGACGCAAUCACUGGAGAGGCCCGAUACUCCCUUAGUGAGGACAAACUCAUCCGACAACAGAUUGACUACAAAACACUGACACUUCAUUGUGUGAACCCGGAGAAUGAUAACGGCCCAGAGGUGACGGUGAAAUGCCUGAACUGUGACACUAUCACCCAGGUGAAGGAGAAGCUUCUGGAUGCUGUGUAUAAAGGAAGCCCAUAUUCCCAGAGACCCAAAGCAGGAGACAUGGACCUGGAGUGGCGGCAGGGGCGACUGGCGAGGAUCAUUCUGCAGGAUGAGGAUGUCACUACUAAGAUUGAUAAUGACUGGAAACGCCUGAACACACUAGCACACUAUCAGGUAACAGAUGGGUCUGUUAUCGCCCUGGUGCCAAAGCAAAACUCUGCGUACAACAUCUCAAACUCGUCCACCUUCACCAAGUCCCUCAGCAGAUACGAGAGCAUGUUGAGGACGGCCAGCAGCCCAGACAGUCUGCGGUCCCGGACGCCCAUGAUCACGCCCGAUCUAGAGAGCGGUACCAAACUCUGGCACCUCGUCAAAAACCACGACCAUGCAGACCAGCGCGAGGGCGAUCGCGGGAGCAAGAUGGUGUCAGAGAUCUACCUGACACGACUGCUGGCCACCAAGGGUACUUUACAGAAAUUCGUUGAUGAUUUGUUUGAGACGAUAUUCAGCACGGCUCACCGUGGCAGUGCCCUCCCUCUCGCCAUUAAAUACAUGUUUGACUUCCUGGACGAGCAGGCAGACAAACACCAAAUCACAGAUUCAGAUGUUCGACACACCUGGAAGAGCAACUGUUUGCCAUUGAGGUUCUGGGUGAACGUGAUCAAGAACCCUCAGUUUGUGUUCGACAUCCACAAAAACAGCAUCACAGAUGCGUGUCUCUCCGUAGUGGCCCAAACCUUCAUGGACUCCUGCUCCACAUCUGAACACAAGCUCGGGAAAGAUUCCCCUUCCAAUAAGCUGCUCUAUGCUAAAGAUAUUCCCAACUACAAGAACUGGGUAGAAAGGUAUUACUCUGACAUCGCGCGCAUGCCCGCCAUCAGUGAUCAGGACAUGAGCGCUUAUCUCGCGGAGCAGUCCAGACUCCACCUGAGCCAGUUUAACAGCAUGAGCGCCCUCCACGAGAUCUACUCCUACAUCGCCAAGUACAAAGACGAGAUCCUGUCCGCGCUACAGAAGGAUGAGUUAGCUCGGCGACAGAGACUGCGCAGUAAACUGGAACAGGUUAUCGACACCAUGGCUCUGGCAAGCUGAGGACCCCCUCCCCGUCUCUCCACCCUCCUCAGCUGGCUCUCUCUGACCUCCUGACCCAGCCCCCAAGCCUUGCCCACAGUCACACACACACACACACACACACACACACACACACACACACACACACACACACACACACACACACACACACACACACUCUAAGCUAAUGGACUGCAAGGACAGAAGCAGUACACUGGAGACCCCUCAGCCCAGGGUGGAAAUCCUCUUUCAUCACUUCCUUUGAACUCAACAUGCACCAGAAUGUCUCCCCGGACGCCAUGUCCAACCAAUAGGACUUAGUUUUUUUGGAUUUUUAUCAUUUUGGAGUGUGUGUUGAGCCACGCUUAUGUGCUUUUACUCACCAAGGAUGUCUUGUAUUAUGAGCCAGAAGACCUUAAAGCCCAUGAAGGAUAAAAGCAGUGUGUCCAACCCCCCCUCCCCCGACCCCCACAAACUGAUUUUUGUUUUAGCGCUUACUUCAACAUCUUUUUUUUAACUCUUUGGAUUGAUCAAACAACUCACUCACUCCAGUCUCCUGCCACUUGUGUUACUGCUGAAUUUGCACAAUUUACAGGAACUACAACAAAUGAAAAUGAUAUAAAUAUAUAUAUAAAUGUGUAUAGAUAUAUAAAUACAACUGCAUUUUUAUACAAAAAGAGUGAAAAGAUGCGUACAAAGUUUUCCAUUUUAACAUAGAAAAGAAUAAGAUGAAUUUGAUAUGUGAAACAAAGACUCAACUAUGAAAAAAAAUAUCGAAAAAAAAAUGUCCUGUGCCAUGUUUUAUUUGAAUGUUGUUUAGUGCAAAAAAUGAUUUUCUUUAGAUAAAAUGUGCUAUGAUUUAAAUGUUGACUACCCUAGUGACUGAAAAAAUGUGCAAAAAAGAACAAACUCAGACAAAUGUGUUCCCAUGUGGUACCUAAUGUUUUUUGGGGAAAUCGUCCUCAUGAAAAACAAAAGGUUCAUUGUUUAGUUGGUGGAUGAAUCUGUGUAUUUAGUUUUUGUACACUUCUUUCAACCUUUAUUGCUAUCAUGGUUAUAGUCUGAAAGCCACUUGAGGACAUAUUCUUUGCUAUUCCGUUGGAAAACUCGAUCGAUAAUUAAUAAUUGGCCGUUUUCAUUCUGUGUUCCUUUCUCAUAUUCAGACGUGAGCACUCUAAGCCUCGGUCAUUUUUGCACAAAUCAGUCUAGAAUGAAGGAAAACUUGAGAUUGAAGGACUGACGAAUGUGUUCCGUUACUGAUGAUGUCACAAUGUGGCAUUCUGAGAAGGUUCAGUGACAUCACAGUAAAUGUAGCAAAUGUUAAUUCCAUGCAGUUCCACUUCAUUUUUUAGCAGCUUCCGUUUGUUAAAAGCUUAAAAAUCAAAUUGUUGUGCACAGAGCGUGUUUUUAAGAUGAAUAAUUGUACGUGAAUGCUACCCAUUCACGAAAACUGAUAGUUAAGCUAAGUUGAUUUGAAUUCAUCUCAGAACGGCGGUAACUAUUGUAUCACGUUCUUAAAUGCCCAUCAUGUCAGCAGUAGAUACUUUUUUUGAAAGUAGAAUCUUUUUAUGUAGUAUUUAUUUUAUUUUUGUUGUUCAAUUUUGAGCUCAUAAGCUACAUGGCUUUCUUAGGCCGUUUUUUUAUUGGAUGUUUUUGCGCUUUUUCCUCUUGAUUUUCAACAAUCCACUAACUCGUUUCCAUCAAGAUUGGUGAUUUGCAGUGUUACAAAUACAAAUGUGAAGCGAUUCUCAAACUGUUUCAGGGGUAUCAAGCGGAUGAAGUCGAGCUUUACUUUUCUUCGCCAUCUUGGUUGUUUUGGAGUUUCUCUUUAUCUUCUCUCUUGCGAGCGUCUGUAACUCUGCGAGGAUGAGUAUUGCAGUGACUUGCUUUCAUGUGCUGCAGCAGUUCUCUUAAAGUCAUUCAUGUUCAAACAAGAGAAAGCCUCUCCUCCUUUGGCUUUCUGCUGAGAUUAAAGCAGAAGUAGACUUUCUGAGAUGCGAUAGAAACGUCUUUGAAAGAUUUAGGUCAGAAACCCAAUGAGAGAAAGAGCGAGGCGCACCAACCGAAUGUUUGAUGGGAUCUCGCUGGUGUUACCUCAGCCAUACAUUAGGGUUUGUUCCAGUUGGGAAAGUAAUAAUGAAUUACUCUUUACACAUUUAUUUAUUUUGGGAUUACGGUUUACGUUAUUAAUUUCAUGCAAUUGCGAUUUCUCCAAAUCAGCCCGGAGCAGGCCUCCACAACGUAUCUUCCACGGUCAAGACAAUCUCCUUGUAGACUCGAGAUGUUCUCCUGUUAGGAAUUGCCUUCGUUUUCCGUCUUCGCACAGGUGUUUACGAAUUCGAAAACGAAUUAGAUCGAUGUUGGAUUUGCUUGCUUGUUUGUGUUUAGCUCUCAUAAACUCUUAGCGAUCAUUUCUGGCAAUCUUAGACCUAUGUGGAAGGAAGCGUCAAUGAAAUAGAUAGAUAGCUAGACUUCCUAACAUACAGGACACAACUAUCGGAUGUGUAUGUCUUAAUUUUAAGAGUAGAAGGAAAGGGCUAGACGUUUAGCAUUACAGGUGAUUUAGACCCCUCCAUCUGGCUUUCCUUACUUUAGAUUGUUCAGUUCGUCUUUAGUAGAUGAGUUUCUGCAUGCUUCGACAUUAUAAAAUUAUUUGAGAAUACAAGCAUGCUGUUCUGCUUUCAUUCCAAAGGCCAAUGAUGCUCAUUCUACAUAUCAUAACGUAUGGUCUAGCCAAGGUUUUUUUUUUUUUUUUCUUUUUUUUAAAUGUUGAUGGAAAAAUCUUGAUGUGCUUUGCUUUGUGCUACGUUAGCGGAACUUUGGUGAUGGUGACUGUAAAGCAGCUGGUUGCAUUGUAAUGUCUCAGGACGUGUUUCACUUUGAUGUCAUCUUUACCUUUCUUUUCAUGCGAUUUAUUUUUUAUGAUGAGUGCUAUCUUUGAUUUUCAAUCGUUUUUAGAUGUUGAGUUGUGGAACUCUUCAGAGAUAUUCUGCCAUUUCAAAGACUUCGCUGUGUAAAGUAUUUGAGUGAUGCCUCUCAUUUUACGACACUUGUUUUGAGAAAUACUUUGAGUACAGGAACAAACAAACAAAAAAGAAGUUGUAGUAAAGGGGAAAACAAGCUGAACAUAAGGUGUUUCAGACUCUCAGAACUUUGGUUUUGCACAGAGUGCCUUGUCAACUCCUCUCUCAUUUUUCUCGACCUCCUCCAACCCUUCCAUUUUCCACAGUCCAUUUCUUUCCAUACGCCUCUUUAUCGUUGUCUGGCCACGCCCUCUUUCUUACACUUCUCCUCAGUCCAAAAGGCCAAUCCGGGUUUUGAUUUCCACUCAUGGUGUUUCCAGAUUGAAGAAAAAAAAAUCCUUUUUUGGAAGGAUAAAUUAACUUACAGUAAGCGUAGGAACAAAAUGUGAGCAUGUAGAUUUCAAAGAAAACGAAAACUAAAGAAUUUUAAUACUUUAUUAAUUCUGAUACCUUUUGAAGAGUUUCAGACUUGAAUCAACUGUGACAGGUUGGCUGUUAAAUGCUCAUUGUGUAAAUAUUGUGCUCUUUCCUAUUUUGCAAAUUUAUUAUGUGUAAAUAAACACAUGCAUCAAGGAGAGAUUAAACAUUUUUCGCUAAAA